GUAGGAGUAAUACGUAACGUAAAUCUUAAGAUAGAAAGUACUUGUACAAUCGGGAAAAGGAAUCAAAGAAAUAGUUCCAUUUUGUAAGGACUCUGAAACUUAGUCAUUAAGGACAAAAAGUCUCAAAAUUUACCCAAAAGUAUCUACAUCCCUUUUUUGCUUUUAUAAAUAGUGCCUGAAAAUGAAUAGAGAUCAAAAAGUAUUUUCAUCAAUUGUAUUGUCUUUCUUGUUAUUUGCAGCUAUCAUAACUAUAACAAUGGCAGAUUCAUCACAAGCACCUUCCGGUGAAGCGAAAGUUCAUAUCGUGUAUACUGAGAAACCUGAAGAUCAAGAACCUGAGGAGUAUCAUAUCAAAACCUUAACUUCUCUUCUUGGCAGUGAAGAGGCUGCAAAAGAGGCGUUGCUAUACAGUUACAAGCAUGCAGCUAGUGGAUUCUCAGCAAAGCUGACUGCUGAGCAGGUUUCUGAGCUCUCAAAGCAACCUGGAGUGCUACAAGUUGUUCCAAGCCAAACACUUCAGUUGCACGGUGGGGGGCGUGUCUGAAAGGCUACACUUGAGACCUCAUCUGCAAAACAAGUUACCUUCAUGUGUAUAGACUUGUUAUCUGUGUUUGUUCCUAUGGUGUUUUGAACUUAGAUUGAAAGACUAUCCCUAUUCCCUAAUGUAAUUGUGGUACUUAACGCCGUAAUGCUUGUUUAACUAUAUGAAAAAUAAAAUCGUAUAUCCUUGUAA